UUUGGUCAUUUGGAAUAGUCAUCAGUUCAACGUUUUCUUGCAAACGAGAAUCGAUUUUUAAUCUUUCGCAAAGAUCUCGUGUGUGUGCGUGUCCUUUUUUGUGAUUUAAAUAAAAAACAAUAUAAUCAAAGUAUAAAAAUGAAGUAUUUCAUUGCUAUUGCUUUACUUGUUGUUGCCGCCCAAGCCAUUCCUAUUGAGUUAGGUCACUAUGGUCAUGGACCAUUGUUACAUGCUGCCCCCGUUCUAGCCCAUGGCCCCGUCUUAGCGCAUGCUCAUCCAGAACCUGUGGCCUAUCCCAAAUACUCUUUCAACUAUGGCAUUAAAGAUCCUCAUACCGGUGACAUUAAAUCACAAGCAGAGGAGCGUGAUGGUGAUGUAGUCAAGGGCCAAUACUCUUUGGUUGAACCUGAUGGUUCUGUACGUACCGUUGACUAUACUGCCGAUGACCACAAUGGUUUCAAUGCCGUUGUACAUAAGACCGCACCUAAGAUCGUUGCUGCACCCGUACAUGCUCCAGUCUACGCUCAUGGUCCAGCACCAUUGUUGCAUCAUUAUUAAUUUUCACCACCACAAAGAAGACAACAAAGAAAAGAAAAUAAUUAUAAAAUCUAAUUAAAGAAGACAAAACAAAAGGAAUGUCAGGGAUGUAAUGUAAUGAAACGAAACUGAAGUGAAAAGUAUAUAAAUGAAAUGAACGACAAGCUGGAAGAGACAACGAAUGAAGAAAUUAAAGACAAAUUUUGCUAUGAACUGGAUUACGGUAUGGUUUUUUAUAUAUUAAAUGGUCUAGAAUUUUAAUAAUAUUUUUUUUAAUUAAUACUUAAUUAAAGAAAAACAAAGUAUUUAAGUUUCAAAGUUAUCGAUACGAAGUAAAAGAAACGAUGAUGAUGAAGAA